UUUGCAGUUGCUGAUGUAAGGGGCCGACAAUGGUGGAUUGGUGGUCGACUUUCGUUGACCUCUGCGUUUGACCUAGUAAGGGACUGGCACGUAACACCUUCCGUCGUCUUUCUAUUGGUAUUCUCCCUCUAUCUCUAUAUAAACCACACCGCCGUGCGCCUCUGCUCCCCACUUCUGCUUCACUGCGUGGCCUCCGACGACACGCUUUCUGCUUGGUGCUCCACAGGCUCUCUCCUUUUCUGGACAACAGAAAGUCUGAUCUUCGAUUUGUUUUUUGGGACAAGAAAGAUGAGUGAGGAGGAUAUGCGCUACCAGCAGCCUGGUUUCGCCCCCAUGAACGUCUCGCUCGAGCUCGGCGACGGGCACCAGGCCAUCAAUGGCGGCAGCAAGACCUACGACGACGACGGGCGACCUAAGCGCACUGGGACCUUGUGGACGGCGAGCGCGCACAUCGUGACGGCGGUGAUCGGCUCUGGAGUGCUGUCGCUGGCCUGGGCCAUCGGGCAGCUCGGUUGGGUCGCCGGCCCCGUCGUCAUGCUCCUCUUCUCCAUCGUCACUUACUACACCUCGACUCUGCUCGCUGACUGCUACCGCUCCGGCGAUGCCGCCGGGAAGCGCAACUACAACUACAUGGACGCGGUUCAGUCCUACCUCGGUGGGUUUAAAGUCAAGGCCUGUGGCCUCAUCCAGUACGCCAACCUCUUCGGCGUCGCCAUCGGAUACACCAUCGCCGCGUCCAUUAGCAUGCUGGCCAUCAGGAGGUCGAAUUGCUUCCACGAGAAAGGCCACAAGAACCCAUGCCACGCCUCCAGCACCCCUUACAUGAUCAUCUUCGGCGUCGUGGAGAUCUUCAUGUCCCAAAUCCCCGACUUCGAUCAGAUUUGGUGGCUCUCCAUCGUCGCCGCCGUCAUGUCCUUCACCUACUCCUCCACCGGUCUCGGCCUCGGCAUCGCGCAAGUCGUCGAGAACGGGGGUUUCAAAGGGAGCCUCACCGGAGUCAGCGUCGGCGUUAUCUCUCCUACCCAAAAGGUGUGGCGCAGCCUCCAGGCCUUCGGCGACAUCGCCUUCGCCUACUCCUUCUCCCUCGUCCUCAUUGAAAUCCAGGACACCAUCAAAGCGCCGCCGCCGUCGGAGGCGAAGGUGAUGAAGAAGGCGUCGAUGGUGAGCAUCAUCACGACGACGGUCUUCUACAUGCUGUGCGGGUGCAUGGGCUACGCGGCCUUCGGGGACGAGGCGCCGGGCAACCUACUCACCGGCUUCGGCUUCUACGACCCUUUCUGGCUCCUCGACGUCGCCAACGCCGCCAUCGUCAUCCACCUCGUCGGAGCCUACCAGGUCUUCUGCCAGCCUCUGUUCGCCUUCGUCGAGAAUUGGGCGUCCGCCAAAUGGCCCGAAUCCGGGUUCGUCAAGCGAGAGAUCUCGUUCCCGGUGACGCCUACGAAGCGGUACCGGCUGAGACUUUUCAGAAUGGUCUGGCGGACGGCGUUCGUGGUGGUGACCACCGUGAUCUCAAUGCUGCUGCCGUUCUUCAACGACGUCGUGGGGCUGCUGGGCGCGCUCGGCUUCUGGCCGCUCACGGUGUACUUCCCGGUGGAGAUGUACAUAGUGCAGAAGAGGAUCCCGAGGUGGAGCACGCAGUGGGUGUGCCUGCAAUUGCUGAGCAUGGCCUGCCUGGUGAUCACCGUCGCAGCGACCGUCGGCUCCGUCGCCGGGAUCGUGACCGACCUGCAGGUCUACCGACCAUUUAAGACUAGCUAUUAAUUAGUUAAUUAAUUAACCAAAGACAAAAAAAAAAAA